AUGGCGGCUAAGCAAACAGACAAGGAGGACUCCCUGAACCACCUACAGGCGCUGAUCCACGAGGUUGAGAUGGACUGGAGGCAGGUGAUGGCGCCUAGUGCGAACCCGCUGGACAUAGCGCUACCGCUGUUGGACAACACGUCUGUCGGUUUGGCACAUCGGAGAGGGGAGUUCAACGAGUUGAAGGACAACAUUGAAGACGGGUUGCGUGAGGCGGUGAAACAGAACUAUGAAGCAUUCAACGAGAGCGUUGGCUCGUACCGAGACGUUGUGAACUUUGUUGCCAAUUCCAGAUCGGUGGUGAGUGCUAUUCAGGAUCGGGUGGAACAGAUCGAGCAUAGGGAACGAGGUGACAUUGCGGCGAUGACUUCGCUCAACGAGAAUUUCAAAGUGUAUAACGAGAUGAUUGAGAUUCUCACGAUCAUCGAGAGCAUUAAGAAGACUCCUCAUGAGUUGGAGUCGGUGUUGGCUGAGAAGAACUACGGUAAGGCGGAGAGCAUUUUACACACGAUCGAGGAGAGUGCACAGAAAUACAACCUGUGGGAGUUACCUGCGUUGAAAAACAUGAGGGAUUACUUCCAGACUCAACGAGAACAGCUCUUUGGGAUCCUGGUGGAGGAGGUUGUUCACACGAUCUUUUCCAAGAGACAGUUUUCGAGUUUCAACACGGUGAAUAACCUGUUAAAGUCAUCGGCAAAUGCUUUGGAACAUUCGAACAUCGAACAGUUUUUGGCCAAUUCUAUCGAGACAGAUAUCACACAGGCUUCGUCCAUCAACCACACAGAAGUGGAGAACUUUAUCAAUAACUUGUCGCUGGAUCCAUCGUCGCUGGACAGUGAUCAAAGAGGCGCGGAUGAUAUCUCCACACUUGACGAUUCGAAUCCAUUUAACCAAAUUCUUCAACUCAUGUUGAUUGUUGCAAAAUUGGGCAAAUUAGCACAAAUGGUUGAUAUCAUACUGCGGAGAUUCUCCACGGAGUUGAACUUGUUGAUCAACAGAAUAACAGAAGAUACAAAGAUCAAACAUGCCAAGCUGAUUAAAGUUCUAAACUCCAACGACGUAGGACCGAGGGUUGCGCAGGAGAACUUUUCUGGUGUUGUGCUACAAGAUUUGUUCUGGAACUGCUUCAAAAAAUCUUUAUUCUUGUUACAAUCGAUAAGAAUUAUGACGGAGAUUCACAUGAAAUUCGAGGACAUCCAUUUCGAUGCAUCCCAGGCAACAGUGGCUACUGUCUUAGAGAGGUUUUGGGCAAUUAUCCACAAGGAACUGAACAGCGUCAUAUUAUCAUACAUUACUGAUACUCAUUCUGGUGCCAUCAACAGUAAAUUAACAAAUACCACCAGUCUCACGAAGGGCAAGCAAAACAUUUUCAGCUUAUAUAAAGUUGAGUACGAUAAGGCACAGACAAUGCAGUUAAAAGUUGCCCUUCAGGACUUGUUCCCAGGGUUCAUUAACACACAGGAUACAUCAUACAUUGAUUCACCGUAUAUAGAGGACAACAAAUUUUUGAAGCAAUCCAAAAUCGUGCAACCUGACGUUUUGAACAUGAGAUUCAUGUUGGAACCAUUUUUGUUGUUCAUUGAAGGCUCAAGUCUUUUAUUCACUAACCAGAACUCAAACAUUCCUCUGAAGUUUUUUACGGAGGUGAUGCACGAUGAAUUUUUACCCUUAUUAGAGGAUAGAAUUGUCGACCUUUACUCAGAUGCAGUGGAUGGAAUUGAACCGUUAUCAUUUUUUGAGCCUGAGACCAAGAUAGACGUGUUAAUGGGAGAAGCCGAAGAACCUGAAAUCAAGAGAUUUGCAAUUUUCAUCGAGUUUAAGCAAUUCAUGAAUAGAUUGUUGUUCAACCUCAACGCUUCUUUACAAUUCCGUGAAGAGUUUAUUCCAGUGUUAUUCAAAGUGUUCACCAUGUUCCACGACAAGAUUGAAGAUCUUUACAAAGAGCUCUUUACCGAUUUGGUUAGUUUCUUGGAGCCAAAUAGGGAUCUGAUCAAUGCAAUUCGUAACAAGGAGCGCGUCACACAAGCCAUGCUUGGCAAGGUAGAUGUUGUUGAUUUGAAGAACUCCAAGAUACGGACGUAUUUCAAGAUUUACCGCAGUUCUUUGGACCUGUUGAUCGAUUGGUUUGACCAUUACCUUAUCCGCACCAUCGACCUGAACAAGACAGAUCUUAACGUUACACAGGUUGAGAAACUGCGUAAGACGUGGUUCUUUUUCCAAUUCCAGAGUAUGACCUCCAACAACAAUCAAGGCGACGACCCACUUGACUUGGAACAUUCGUGUAAGUUGAUCUUAAACGAUGAAUUGAGGUUGAAAUUCAACAACGAAGUUGUGUUGGAGUACAAGAAAUUACAAGCUGAUGUUAUGGAAGUAUUGAGAGUUUGCUAUCAAGCUGUUCAUCUUUGA